AUUUUGAUUUGAUUAUUAGUAUAUAAACAGAAUAAAUAUUUUUCGUUGAAAUGAGUGAAAUUGUGAAACAAACGUGGUUAGAUUUCGUAGAUGCAUUCAGGGAAGCGAGACUGUUAUGGCACCCCCAGGACCAGCACAGAACGAGCAAGGUUUUACGCGCCCAAGCUUAUGAAAAGUUGCUUGAAAAGUAUAAACAUAUUGAUGAAGAUGCGGAUCUAGUGGAUAUGAAGAAUAGACUUGCAAAUAUGAGGACCACUUAUAACAGAGAAAGAAAAAAGGUCAUUGACAGCAUAGGAAACGGGGAUGCCAAAGUUCACAGACCUACAUUAUGGUAUUUUGACAUUUUUAAUAGUUUCCUUGAUCCAGUUGAUACGUUACGCAUUUAUGAAUACACCAUGUCAGAUAUAAGACGAUCGAAUAGCGAGAGAGAACAUUUCAGAACAGAGAUUCACCAUGAAUCUGCAAAGGGAAAGGAAGAUGAGGAAACACCGCCGGCGCAAAAAAAACGGCGAAUAUACAAUAUUCUUGAAAAGCAGGAAAGAUUCGUAGACGCAGCCAGUCAGAUGCUGCAGCGGAAAGAACAAGUAUGGGAAAUCACCGGCAAAGCUAUCGGGCUUCAACUCUACCAGCUCGACGCGACACAGCGCACCAUAGCGCAGAAGCUGAUCUCCGACACCUUGUACUUUGGAAGUUUGGGAAAGUUAACAGAAGAAUCAUUAAUUAGUUUGAAUCAAAGACAAGCCUCACCGGAGCCGCACGAGGAGAUUGAUUAUUUGGAAGAGGAAUCGGAUGUGAAUGAUGAUAAUUUUAUUAAUGAUGUUGAUGAUGAGUAA